AGGCGAGUCAGUGUGCUGCUGGACCUCGUGCCGGCAACAGGGAAGAGUAAGAGUAUACGCUUUUCCUCUCCCAUUCGCACUCUCCCUCCAUAACUUUGGCUUCUUGCGUGCGAGCCGAGAAAGUUUACGGCAAGUGUUGAAGUGUGCAGUGCGAGGGCUCAAGAGGCUCUCAGGGUGUUGUGAAGGGAGGGCGGGUUUUUUUUAAGGCUAUUUUUCGCGUGUUGGGACAGAAAUAACAAGUUGUCACGUCACGAUAGCUGAGGGAAAGACGUGGUGCCGCCUCCGCCGCCGCCGCCGUCUCGUCCGCCCGUGUUAAUAAUCCAUGACCUGCAGACCGAUAAAGCGUUACUCACCCACCAGUACUCCUUGUCGCCCGCCACACCUGCCUAGCUCACCUGUCCCUCGUCUUGGCCAUACACACGUGCCAUUCCCAGGGGAGGCCACACACACCUGUCUAUAAGGAUGGAGUAUCCGGACAGCGUGCGGGAGAUGAGUCGCAUGCUGCAGGAGGCGGCCCUCAACGAGGGAACGCCAACCCCGCCUGAGUCCCCUGCACAGACCCCAGCCGGGUGCCAGCCCUGCGCCGCCACCACACAGCCGCCGGACCUCAACGGGGGCACGGCGAUCCACCAAUGCCAGCAGAAGGAAAAGAGCAGUGACCCAUCUGCGGCAGGGGGCGGGGUCGAGGCGGGAGGCGUGGCGGGGGGCGGGGCAGACGUGGAGCGGCCCGCCAGCACCAGCGGUCCCGUCAGUUUGUCGCAGAUCUUGGACCGGCCGGUGUACGCCGCCGCCGCCCCGCUCUCGUCCCAGCAUCCCACCGCCCCCGCCCCGCCCCAAGCCCCCGCCCCCCAACCCUCAUCCAUGCCGGUGGCCACCAUGGGAAAUGGCACGUCAGGCCAGACUGGCGGCCACCACCAUCACCACCACCACCACCACAAUCAUCACCAGGACGGCCUCCCGGGUGGGCCGGGCCCCGGGAACGGGCGCGGGGCCCCUAAGCCUGUGUACCCGGAAGAUUACAACUACCUCAAGGGACUGGUGCCCGAGCUGAAGGCCGAGGUGCGUGACCGUGACCUACGGAUCGACGUCCUGGAGGCAGAGAAGAUGGAUAUGAGGCGUCAACUGAAAAAGACGACAGAGGAGGCCACUCGCCUCCGCCGCGAGGUGCACAAACUUAAGAGUGUGUUGCAACAGCAAGAGGUUAGGUUUGCCGGCGACGGUGAUCUGCUGUCAACUCUUCACGAGCAGCACGUGAUGGCCGGCCAGGGAUCCAUGAACAAGAAGCAGGGUGUGUCCGGAGAGUCGUGCUUCCAAAACAAGACAGCCGAGAAGAUACACAUCCAGAGAUUCGAUAAAGAUUUCAGGUCCAAGCAGCUGAUCAAGGACGCCGUGAUGGACAAUGACUUCCUCAAACACCUCGACGUGGGCCAGGUGCGGGAGAUCGUCGACUCAAUGUACCCUCAGGAAUUCGCGGCGGGUUCCUGGGUCAUCCGCGAGGGAGAUGUAGGAUCACACCUCUACGUGUCGGCCAUGGGAGAGCUGGAGGUCGUGAAGGACGGGGACAUCUUGGGCCGAAUGUCAUCAGGAAAGGCCUUCGGAGAGCUGGCCAUCUUGUACAACUGCACCAGAACCGCCAGCAUCAAAGCCGUAACCAACGCCAAGGUGUGGGUGCUGGACCGCCGUGUGUUCCAGCAGGUGAUGAUGCGCUCUGGACUCAAGCGUAUGGAAGACAAUAUCAACUUCCUCUCCAGCGUGCCACUCUUCCAGAACCUAAACAAAGACCACCUCACCAAGAUAGCGGAUGCCCUCGAAGUGGAUUUCUAUGCUCCGGGGACCUACAUCAUCCGACAGGGCACCAGCGGGGACUCCUUCUACAUCCUCAAGUCCGGCAAGGUCCGAGUCACGCAGAGAAUCACGGGGAAGAGCGAGGAGGAGGAAAUACGAACCCUGCAGAAAGGAAACUACUUCGGCGAGCAAGCUUUGAUGAGGGAGGAAUGUCGUACUGCCAACGUGAUCGCCAUGGCUCCAGGAGUGGAAUGCCUCACCUUGGACCGGGAAUCCUUCAUCCAGCUAAUCGGCGACCUCUCGGAGCUACGAGAGAAGGACUACGGCGACGAGAGUCGCGGUGUGUCCAGGCCCACCACAGGGCCGCACAACGUGGAUGCCGUGGCAGAAUAUGCCUACAUACGGCUGGAUGAUCUGGAUGUGAUUGCCACUCUGGGUGUGGGCGGUUUCGGCCGCGUGGAGUUAGUGCAGUACACCCAUGAAAAGAAUAUGACCUUCGCCCUGAAGUGCCUCAAGAAGCAACACAUCGUGGAGACACAACAGCAGGAACACAUCUACUCUGAGAAGAGAAUCAUGAUGUCUGUCCACAACCCUUUCAUCGCCAGACUCUACAAGACUUUCCGUGAUCACAAGUACGUAUAUAUGAUGAUGGAAGCAUGUCUGGGAGGCGAGGUGUGGACAUUGCUGAGGGACAGAGGCUGGUUCGAGGACCUCACUGCCCGCUUCUACACAGCCUGUGUGGUAGAGGCACUUGAGUUCCUACAUGCCAAAAACAUCAUAUACAGAGACCUCAAGCCUGAAAAUCUGUUGUUAGACUCUACAGGAUAUGCAAAACUUGUUGACUUUGGAUUUAGUAAGAAACUUGGUCUGAGUAGCAAGACUUGGACAUUCUGUGGCACACCUGAAUAUGUGGCACCAGAGAUCAUCCUGAACAAGGGCCAUGACAAAGCUGUGGACUACUGGUCUAUUGGCAUCCUAAUGUAUGAGCUUCUAACGGGCACACCACCCUUCACUGCCUCUGAUCCCAUGAAGACUUACAAUAUCAUCCUGAAAGGCAUCGACAUGAUAGACUUUCCCCAACACGUGACCCGCACUGCCACUUCCCUCAUCAAGAGACUGUGUCGUGAAAGUCCAGCAGAGAGGCUUGGUUACCAGCGUAAUGGUAUCCAAGACAUCAAAAAGCACAAAUGGUUUCUUGGCUUUGAUUGGGAUGGCCUGAAAGCAAGGUCCCUUCAACCUCCAAUAAUUCCGAAGAUUCGAAAUCCUACUGACACAAGUAACUUUGAUGCAUACCCAAGAGAUGUAGAAGUUCCUGCUGAUGAGCUCAGUGGGUGGGACCUUGACUUUUGAAAGGUCUUUGAAAAUAAGAAAUAGGUAGUCUUUAUGUGAAAAGAGAAGUGACAAAAACAUGUCAUGAUAAAUGAAACUACUGGCUAUUAUAAAACAGUUCAGUGGAGAAUGCCAGUAGUUGUUAUAAACAGUGCAAAUAUAGUGAAACAAUGUAUACUGAAAAUAGCCUCUGUGUCAGAUUAGUGUUGUGAAGGAACUUUCCCACAGUGCUGCUUGUUUAAGAGAAGCCCAGAGAUAAACUUUUCUCACAUUCUUCGUAACACUGACUGCCGCCUAAUGUCUGUGAGUGAUAGCUAUGUGCACAGUGACCUGCUGUGUUUCCUGUGAGUGAAGUACUCUCAGGGUACUGCAUUAAGUCUCUUUCGUUACUACUAUAUUAGUGUUCCUUGCAGUGGACCUGAUUGUUCCUGUUUCCUUUUUUUCUCUUCUUUCCUUCCCAUUUUAUUUAUUUAUAUAUGAGUGUGUAUAAUUUCAUGGUUAUGUUAUCAGGUAUCUAAUAUUUGAAAUGUCAGUAGUAUAUAAUAUGAUAGCAACUAUUUUUUAAUGAGAUUUUACAAACAUGCUUUCAAUUUUUGCAUAUUAUUCAACUGAAUGUCUUAAAAAGUAUUCAGUUAUCACUUUUUUUUUAUCAGAACAAGGUAUUUGAAAUAAAUGCUCAACAUAGCCUGGGUUGUGAGUAGCUAGUGUGGCCAUUGCACAGUGAAUAGAAAUCUCUUGAAUAGCCAGAGAAAAGAUUUAAUGGAUUACACAAUACAAUAUUGCAUACCAUUGUGGAAACACCAAGAAAUUCCUGUUAUUUAUUUUUUUUUUUCCAGAUAUCUGAAAAUGAUUUGCAUAUGUAUAAGA